AAAGUGCAGUUAGAGUCGAUACAUCCUUGCAUUAUAGAGAGAGAAACUCACCCUCUCUCUCUCUAGAUUUACGCACUCAUUGUAUUCGAAGGGGGAGAGAGAGAGAGAGAGAGAGAGAGAGAGAGAGAGAGAAUCGUAAGUGGCUCCUCGUGCUCUCUCUAUAGGUGCAGAGAUCAACGGAUUUGGGUUUAGUUCUAUUGGAGAGGAAGGGAACCCUAGAAUUUUGGGUUGGGGGGGAAAUGGAGCAGUACCUGGGGAGAACUGUGAAGAAGAAGUUCAAACGGUUCGGGGUGUUCACCGGCACAGUGGAAUCGUAUGAUUCGGAGAGUGGAUUCUUCAAGAUCGUUUACGAGGACGGAGAUUCCGAGGAGCUUGACCUUUCCGAGCUCGUUGAUCUCCUGGAUGGGUCUGCUGGCGCCGAACGCUCCCGGAAGCCUUCUCGUGUUGGCAGGAAGCCGAAGAAAAGGCGUCGUGUCGAGAAGACGGGCAAUGCAGCGGCAAUUGACGGUGGGGAGGGGCUUAAUUCCGGUGACAUCAGCCAGGGUUUUGCUAAAACCCUGAACCAAAAUGGAGGUUUGAAUUUGGAUUUGAAUGAUGGCUUUAAUUUAAUAAACGAUGAUAACGCCGUUAGAGGAGUUGAUCUGAGCGUGAAUUUAAAUGGGGGUUUGGAUUUAAACAAAGGAGUUGAAUUAAAUAUUGGGGAUGAUUUGAAUAAUGUUAACAGGAUUUCGAAUAGAAAUAAUGGUAUUGAUUUGAACAUGGAUGCAAAUGGAGAAGCUAACAUCAAUUUUGAGAAACAUGAUUCAUUGGUUAUUGAGGCAAAAACACCUACUUUUGAUUUAAAUUUAGGAAUGAAUGAAGAAACUAAGAAUGUGGACACUGAAUGUGAUGUGAAAUUAAUGGCAACUUCCUUUUCUCAACCUGAUGAAGAAAUUCAGAACAGUGAGAAUGGCUUACUUGCUGAGGGACUUUGUUGCAAUAAUGUUGUUAAAACUCCAGAGAAUCUGUGUAGUGGUUUGAUUAAGAACAGAGUUGAUGACGGGAGUUUAGAGGGAGUUGAUAUUCAGUUUGGAGAUACCCCAAUUCUCAGAGAUGAUUUGGGAAGUGGUACGUGUUCAAGUGUGCAAAAAGGAAGAAGGGGUAGGAAGAAGAGACGGCUUUCUGAUACUCCUAAUGAUAUGACGGAAACAGUAUUGAGAAGAAGUACUCGUAGAGCAAGAAGAGAAGCUAUGUCCUCUCAAGAUAACAUUCCUCAACCAGUAGUGUCAGAUGUAGUCAGUGAUCCUCUGUCAUCUCCAGCUCUUAGUGUGGUUUCAGAUGAGAAAGUUCAUGAAGUUCCCGACGACCAAAAUGCUCUCCCCCCUAAGCCAGAGCUGCCCCCUUCUUCAAAUCAUUUGGAUUUAAAUGGAAUUUCUGUGCUGGAUAUCUUCUCCUUAUAUGCCUUUCUGCGGUCAUUUAGUUCCUUAUUGUUUUUGAGCCCCUUCGAGUUGGAGAACUUUGUUGCAUCCAUUAAAUGUAGCACUCCUACUUUAUUAUUUGAUUCCAUUCAUGUUUCUCUUCUACAAAUGCUGAGGAAGCACUUGGAGUCCCUUUCUAGUGAAGGUUCUGAGUCUGCAUCUAAUUGUCUUAGGUCUCUUAAUUGGGAUUUGCUAGACUUGAUUACAUGGCCUAUCUUCAUGGUUGAGUAUAUGCUUAUGCAUAGUUCUGGGUUGAGACCUGGUUUUGAUAUUUGUCAACUAAAACUAUUUGAGUGUGAUUACUACAAGCAACCAACUUCUGUGAAGAUUGAGAUGUUGCGUUGUCUUUGUGAUGAUGUGAUGGAAAUUGAGGCCAUCACGUCAGAGCUUAAUAGGAGAACAGUGGUGAUAGAGACAAACAAUGAUUUUGAUCAAAAUAUGAAGCUUGACAUUUUGAAGAAGAGAAGGGCUGCAACUGAUGUUGCCGCUGGUUCUUGUUUGACGGAGGAGCUGAUUGAUGAAACUGCUGAUUGGAACAGUGAUGAGUGCUGCCUCUGUAAAAUGGAUGGGAAUUUAAUAUGCUGUGAUGGUUGCCCUGCUGCAUUCCAUUCCAAGUGUGUGGGCAUUGCCAGUAGUCUUCUACCAGAGGGAGAUUGGUUCUGCCCUGAAUGUAUCAUUGACAGAAAGUUUCCCUGGAUGAAAGUGGGAAAAUCAAUUCGUGGAGCUGAAUUGUUGGGAAUGGAUCCUUACGGCCGGCUGUACUUUAACUGCUGUGGUUAUUUGUUGGUGUCUGAUUCAUGGGAUGAUGAGUCAUCAUUUAAGUACUAUUACAGAAAUGACUUGCCUUUAGUUGUGAGGGCACUGAAAUCAUCAGAAAUUGUUUACCACACUUUGCUAACUUCAAUUUCCAAAAUUUGGGAUGCAUCUUCUACCAUUGAUGGGGCAAAAAGUGAUGUGGACUCGCAACCCACAGCUAUAUGCACAGGUAUUCCUGCAAUUGCGGUGCAACAUGGCAAUGAGAUGUCCAAUGAAUCUAAUCGUGUGGGAAUGCUAAUGACCUCUCCAUCUUCCACUGACUUAGGAUGUGAGAAGUCAGAGACUGUGAACCCUUUGACAAAGAUGGAAAAUCUACAUAAAAAUGUUAAUGAACCCAAAAGCCUGGGGAAAGAAUCAUCAAGAUUAAACUCUAGAGCAAUAAUGUCGGAGCAGCAAUGCUUAGACACUUACAUGAACUUUUAUAGUUUUGCUCGAUCAGCAUCAGCAGUUGUUGAGGAGUUGUUAACCCGGAAACCAUCAGAUAAGUCUACUGGACAUGUUUUUAGAUCAGAGGAGGAACUAAUUUCCUUUCAGCUGAAGGCAAUAUCAAAUCAUUCUACUGAUUUCUGUUGGGCUAAUAUUCAUAAUUUAAAUGUUGGUUCUAGGAAAGAAAAAUGUGGGUGGUGUUUCCCCUGCAGAGUUCCUGAAUGUGAACGGGACUGCUUGUUUAUAAUGAAUGAUACUGGGCCAGACCUAAAAAGGUUUUCAAGUGAGGCAUUAGGUGUUAGUUCAAGAAAGAACAGGAAAGGCCAUCUUAUUGAUGUCAUAUGCCAUAUCCUUUGCAUUGAAAAGCGUUUACUCGGGCUCCUGUUGGGUCCUUGGUUGAAUCCAAUGCACUCCCAAAUCUGGCAGAAAAGUGUUCUCAAAGCAUCUGAUGUUUCUUCACUAAGAUUUUCAUUGCUAAAAUUAGAAUCAAACUUGCGUCAUCUAGCACUUUCAGCUGAUUGGCUUAAACAUGUGGAUUCUUUAUCUACAUUGGGGUCUGCUUGUCAUAUUGUGACACGUGGGAAAAAGAAGGUCCGGCGUUCAGAACUGGAGUCUAAUCCAUCUUCAAAUGCUGGAAGUGGGUUGGGCUUAUUGUGGUGGAGGGGGGGUAGGAUUUCUAGACAAAUUUUUAGUUGGAAAGUUUUGCCUCGUCCAUUGGCUUGCAAAGCUGCUCGACAAGGUGGAUGUAAGAAGAUACCAGGCAUAUUAUAUCCUGAUGGUUCUGAAUUUGCAAAGAGAAGCAAGUCCGUAGCCUGGAGAGCUGCUGUAGAGACAUCUAGGAGUGUGGAGCAGCUUGCUCUUCAGAUCAGAGAUCUUGAUGCAAAUAUUCGAUGGAAUGAGAUUGGGAAUGUUAAUAUUCUAUCAAUGAUUGACAAGGAAUCUCAAAAGUCGAUCAGAUUCUUUAAAAAAGUUAUAGUUCGCCGAAAGUGCUCUGAGGGACCUGUAGUUAAGUAUCUUCUUGAUUUUGGCAAAAGAAGGUUUAUACCUGAUGUUGUUGUGAAAUAUGGGACCAAGCUUGAAGAUUCGUCAAGUGAAAGGAAAAGAUAUUGGCUGGAGGAAACCUAUGUUCCCUUGCAUCUCCUGAAAGGUUUUGAGGAAAAAAGAAUUGCUCGCAAGUCCAGUAUGAUGAGUUCCCCCAAGCAUCGUGAGAAUAAAAAAAUAAUAAAGAAGCCAAUCAAGAACAAGGGAUUCUCCUACCUUUUUGAGAAAGCAGAGAAAGCUGAGAGUUAUCAAUGUGGGCACUGCAAUAAGGAUGUUCUCAUCAGUGAAGCUGUUAGCUGCUGUUACUGCAAAGGCUUUUUCCACAGAAGACAUGUGAAAAAGUCUGGAGCAGCUUUUGCAUCUGAAUGCAUCUUUACCUGUCACAAGUGCCAGGAUGGUAAGCAUGUGAAAAACAAUGCCAAGAAGGGAAAGUCUGUUGUGAAAAAGAGUAAGAAAACAUCCAAAAUAUUGAGGACAGUGUGUCCAAGAACGAAGAAAAGGGGUACUAAGGAUAAACAACAGCCACAGUCUCAAAAUAAUACUAAAGUUACAGUUGUUGUACCUCUUCGACGUUCAGCUAGGAGAGCUACAAUUGUGCAGGUGCAAGAGAAAAAAGCUAAUAAGAAAGUGGGGCGUCCAAGGCGGAAAAAAAUGAAAUCAAGAAAAGUUGCUACGAAGAAACCAACAGAAAUUGUUUCACAGAAGAAGAGAACAAAGGUCUAUCGUAUAUACUGGCUGAAUGGUCUUCUUCUGUCACAGAAGCCUAAUGAUGAACGAGUAGCACUCUUUAGGAGUAAAAAUCUUCUCGUUGUUUCUGGCGAGUUAGAUGCCACAAUUGAUUCACCAAAAUGUAGUCUCUGUAGUGAGCUAGAAUCUACACCUACAGUGAAUUACAUUGCUUGUGAACUGUGUGGAGAUUGGUUUCAUGGAGAUGCGUUUGGUCUUACAUGUGAAAGAAUUUGUAGUCUAAUUGGAUUCAAGUGCCACAAAUGUCGUAGCAGGAGUGCUCCUGUUUGUGCUAGUACACCUAUGACCAGAAGUGGGGAGGCUAAACUGGCUGAGUUGAAGAGUGAUGAUGAGAUUGAAUGUGCAAAUGAUACGCAUCUAGUAGAGAAAAUUCAGUCACAUACGCACUCAAAAGAAUCUUCUCUUACUGCUUAUAAUGAUGAGAAACAGCCUCUUGAAAAUAUUCAUGAUUCAGGCAGCGGAGAGACUAGGAGUGUGCCUGUUGGAGUGGAAUGGUGCACAGAAGCAAAGGAUCAUGAUUCUGACAGUGGAGAGACUAGGAGUUUGCAUGUUGGGUUGGAAACAUGCACAAAAGCAAAGGGUUGUGAUCCAGACAGUGGAGAGGGUAGGGGUUUACCUGUUGGGUUGGAAACGUUCACAGAAGCAAAGGAUCAUGAUUUAUACAGCGGAGAGACUAGGACUUUGCCUGUUGGGUUGGAAACGUGCACAGAAGCAAAGGAUCGAGAUUCAGACAGUGGAGGGACUAGGAGUUUGCCUGUUGGGUUGGAAACAUGCACAGAAACAAAGGAUCGAGAUUCAGACAGUGGAGGGACUAGGACUUUGCAUGUUGGGUUGGAAAUAUGCACACAAGCAAAUCAUCGUGAUUUAGACAGUGGAGAGACUAGGAAUUUGCCCCUUGGGGUGGAACAGUGCACAGAAGCAAAGGAUCAUGAUUCAGACAGUGGAGAGACUAGGAGUUUGCCUGUUGGGGUUGAACGGUGCACAAAAGCAAAGGAUCAUGAUUCGGACAGUGGAGACACUAGGAGUUUGCCAGUUGGGGUGGAACAAUGCACAGAAGCAAAGGAUAGUUCGAGCAAACUGGAUGUAGAAGUGCAGGAGGACCCACUUCCAUUGACCAAGGAUUUUGCGGAUUCUAGUAAAAUGGAUAUUGAUGUGGAAGCACGCACAGAAGCAAAUGAUAGUUCUAGCAAACUGGAUAUUGAAGUGCAGGAGGACCCAAUUCCAUUGAUCAAGGAUUUUGAAAAUUCUAGUAAAAUGGAUAUUGACGCCGAACAGUGCACAGAAGCAAAGGAUAGCUCUAGCAAACUGGAUAUUGAAGUGCAGGAGGACUCAGUUCCAUUGACCAAGGAUUUUGAGAAUCCUAGUAAAAUGGAUAUUGAUGUACAGGAGCACCAGGCACCACACCAGGUUUUGUUAACUGAGAAUUCCAUCAAGGAGGAUGAAACACCUCCCCUACAGAUUGACAUUGUCAAAUGACUUAUGUUCAUUGUAAAUUCAUGCAAUGGAAACAAAUGAUGAGAGGCUUUCAAAUGUGGUGCAAAGCACUGAGACAAGGCCAGCCUGGUUAACUGGAGAAACAAAAUUAACAUCAUUGACAAACAAGCAUGUGGAACUUGUUAAAACAACAGCCAUUUUGGAAUGAAUGGUAAUUAGAACAAUUCUUGAUUCAUCUGAAUUAUCCCCCAUAGGCAGGUUUUAGGCUCAGAUUAAUAUAUUAGGUGAAGAAAGAAUGCAAGCUAGGAGGGUAGGACUGUAGAUUAUAGUUUUGACCCCAUACAAUUGGUGUGUGUAGUAUCAUAGAGUUGAACCUUGUGAAUCUUCAAUUGUCAAUGAGAUUUGAGUUGAGUUGAGUUGCA